UCCAGUUUUCACAUACUCACAGUUGGCCACAGCCUUCUCCAGUUAAAGAGCGCUCCAAACCAUCAAUGGACGUCGCCACCACGGCUUCAAGCUUCGCGCUUCACACGCGCAUGUUAGCAUCGCCAACCACUCGCCGAGGCCUAAGCUCUAGCCGCACCCAAACGACGUCGUCCCCUACCCUUCCCAGAGCUUCCCUCUCCACCAAUUUCCUCUCUCCCUUCGCCGGCACCAGCAUCUCCUCCGAAUUUUCCGGCCACAAGCUCCGCCCCUCGAGCCUCAACCCAGCGUCGUUCCGUGGCUCCAAGCCCAAACGCGGUGUCGUCACCAUGGUUAUUCCGUUUCAAAGAGGAAGUGCAUGGGAGCAACCGCCUCCAGACCUGGCAUCAUAUCUGUACAAAAAUCGAAUUGUGUACUUGGGCAUGUCACUUGUUCCUUCAGUGACGGAGUUGAUACUGGCGGAGUUUCUCUACCUUCAGUAUGAAGAUGAAACGAAGCCCAUUUACUUGUACGUAAAUUCCACUGGAACAACCAAGGGUGGUGAGAAGUUAGGUUACGAAACAGAGGCUUUUGCAAUAUAUGAUGUCAUGAGGUAUGUCAAACCACCUAUAUUUACUCUGUGUGUUGGUAACGCUUGGGGAGAAGCUGCCUUACUUUUGGCUGCUGGUUCGAAAGGAAACCGUUCUGCUUUACCCUCAUCAACAAUCAUGAUGAAGCAGCCAAUUGCAAGGUUUCAAGGUCAAGCAACAGAUAUUGAACUUGCAAGAAGGGAAGUGAGGAAUGUUAAAGAUGAGUUGGUUAAGCUCUUUUCAAAGCAUCUUGGAAAGUCAACUGAGCAAAUUGAAGCAGACAUUAGACGUCCGAAAUAUUUUAGUCCUAGUGAAGCAGUUGAAUAUGGCAUCAUAGACAAGGUACUGUACAAUGAAAGGACUACCGAAGACAGAGGAGUUGUCUCAGACCUGAAAAAAGCACAACUUAUUCCGUAGGAAGACUGAAUGAUCCUCAGAAGGAAUAUUCAGAUUGAAGUUUAUGUGUCGAUUAGCUUUCAAGAGUUCUGGAACAAGAGUUGCACUAAUAUUUCCAGUCAAGAGCUGCAGUUGGUAACACAAAUUUUUCCAGUGCAGCAAAGGAAUGCAUAAUCCAUAGCCUAAAUUUGUAUCAAGUACAAGUAACUGUCAUUGUAUUCUUCUUUGGUCAAAGAUACAUCUAGUUCUAGCAUGAUUGAGUGUAAAACCAGUUGAAAAACCAAAAGUGACAUGUUCUUUUCUUUUAUUUUCUUUUAAGUUACACUUGUUAAAGGUGUUUGUUGAUUUGUUAUUAAAUGAAAACCAUAUUUUCGACGGAGGACU